AUGACCGCUGCAGACCCAACAUACCCGCUUUACCCCAUUGCUUGCCUUCUCUCUGCGGCAUGUCUCCUCCUUGUGCUUCUUAGCAGUUGCAUUAGGCAAAGCUGGAACCUUGGAGUCGCCUUCUUGUGUUUGUGGAUCUUUGUUGAGAACGUGACCAGCUGUAUAAAUGCGAUUGCAUGGUCCGAUAAUGCGGAUAUCAAAUUACUGGUCUACUGCGAUAUAGUCUCCCGUUUGCAAUUGAUAACUUACGUCGUCAAGCCAAUGGCAACUCUGAUCAUCGCUCGCCGCCUAUACUUGAUCACCUGCCUGCGGCCUGUGGAAUCGUCGGGAAAAGCCCAGAGAAACCGGGAGCUGGCCCUGGAAUGGACCUUGGGCUUGAUUCUUCCUGUAUUGGUCGCAGGACCACUAUAUUACAUUGUGCAGGAAUUCCGUUUUGAGGUGAUAGAGGGCGUCGGAUGCGGGAGCGCCCAAGAUGGCUCGGGACUCUGCAUCUUACUGGUCAAUUCAUGGGUCGUAGUGCCUCCCCUGCUUUCGGUGACUCUAUAUUAUCCCAGGGUGAUACGGAUGUUCUAUCGCCAAAAACGGGAUCACGGUCGCUUCUCGAACAGCGACGGUUCCGUGCCCCGCAAUAGUCACCUCCGCGUCCUUGCUCUAGCUAGCAUCGACAUCUUAUUGACGUUGCCAAUUGGCAUCACGACCAUCGUCUUGGACGUGACCAACUCACUCGCUGAGAAUUUCUUGCCCUUCUACCCAGGUUGGACGUAUGACCAUACCGAGUGGGCGCCAGUGGGCAUAUCAAACGCAGAGGCAGAAGCGGGAGGCACUGCUGGCAUGGCACAGCAAUACUUUGGCCAGUGGACGUCGCCCGUGCUGGCGCUUGCCAUAUUCGCCCUCUUCGGCUUCACUGCGGAAGCCCGCGCCUCGUACAUGCGCGCCAUUCGGGUCGUCUGUGGUCGGUUCGGCCUGGUAUCAGCGGCGCCCCCUCGUACCCGGAAGGCGCACUCGACCCUAGGAACGAUCGAAUUUGGGGAGCGACCCCCGCAAGAUGUUUCAUUCGACGCCGAAUAUGGCAUCCCGUCGCGCGCGUCAGACUGUGAUCAGCUUAGUAUCGCGCGUGCCACACCUGAGCAUGUCGAUGAAGAUAAAGCAGACGACUAUUUCGCCUAG